AGCCCCAACCAGCGAAGUCUUUACAUACAAGUGCGAGAGUGUGCGGCGUGCUGUCUGACAACAUGAUACGCCUCCAGUUUGCUCGGCAUCUGCAUCAGACGCUUCGGCGUUUGUUCCUUGCGGGAAUGCUAGUGAACGUGACACCCUUGAAGCUGAUCAAUCUUGAGGUGCCACGGGCGCCCAAGGAAGGCGACUCCUGGCAACUGCAUUGCAGAUACGAACUGGAGGAUGACGUCCACUACGUCACAAAAUGGUACAAGGACGGAAAAGAAUUCUUUCGCUUUGAUGAGUCCGGUGGAAAAGUCUUCCCAGUGGUCGGGGUCAACGUGGACGUAAGUCAAGCAUUGCCAUCAUCCCCGUCUUGCUACAACCCCCAGAACAGCGAAAAGAGGGCGCCACAGUCGGCUGCUAGUCAGCACCUGGUGGCCGAAAAGGGCAACUUUGGGCAGGCCGUGUCGCUGAUUUGCCUCAAAAUUGGCUCAAGACACCGAUACAGUACCGUCGUCUUUACUCGAGGAUGUCAUUCUGAACUGCGGCGCCGUUUUGAAUUUCUCGAAGCCCAAGUUUCUCAGCAGAUGAUAGACAGUAAACACAAAGCACAACAGAAGCACGUCGUCUUCUCUGAGGAAAGUGGCGAUAUCCCUUGA